UUUCCCGUAGAUGGUCUGCUUACGCGCAUUAACUUCGCAGAUCCAUUUCCUCACUAGAGAAGCGUUCAGUUUUUCCACUUGCAAAUUCCGCCAUGUAAAUAGCGAAUCCGCCAUGACGCGAACGUAACUUGCUUUUAAAGGGAAUGGGAGAUGAGGUUCUGAUUAGUUUAUUGCACGUUACGCCCAAAACAUACCCAUUACUCAUUAAGAGACUAGGUACAACCCUUUUAGACCAUGCGCCGGACGCACCGACCAUUUUUCCCGUCCUUAAACUAGCAAAAGUGGUUUCGGACACGUCGUAAGUGCACUUGCGCCAUACGCUUUAGACCAUGCGCUUAGAUUGUUAAAAUAGGGCCCUUAAUGUAAUUGGUACAAUAAUUAAAAGUUGAAGAACAAAAUGCAAGAAAAUUUUAAAAGAAAAAGUAAUGAAUAUAAAUCAAAUGGUUUGCAAAGUUUUGUAAUGUUUAAUUAACCAUAUUUGGGGUGCAUUUCUUGACAUGAAGUAUGUAAAGUCACAAUAUAUUUGCAAUGUAUGGUUUGAAUUCCCUCCUUACAUAACUGUGACACAGAAAAUGUGUGUUUGAUCAUCUCUUAUUAGAAUCGAUCAGAGAGGAUCUGUGCGAGCAGUCAUGGACGGGAGUCUGUUUGUGCUGCUGCUGCUGUCAGGUUGGUGUGGUCAUUUGUAAUCUGUAUUUAUGAUGAUGUGAACACAUAUAGAUGGUUUAACAUGUUGAUUUUAACAGGGCUCUUCUGGAGCAGUUCUGCUCUUUCUUGUCAGUACCACUAUAUAAAUGUGAGAAUGUCGUGGCCAGAGGCUCAGAGUUACUGCAGAGCGAAGUACACUGACCUGGCUACUGUAGACACCAUGAAUGAUGUGAACAGGCUGGUAAAUAUAGUGGAUUCUGGAUACAGCGGAUCAGUGUGGAUUGGACUGAAGAGAGGGACACAGACACGCUGGGCUUGGUCUAACGGAGAAAACAAAUCUUCUCCGUACUCUAACUGGGCUUCAGGAGAGCCAAAUGAUUAUGCAUCUUGUGUAACUUAUCGUUAUGGGUUCUGGGUUGAUAUGGAAUGUAGCUAUAAACGAUAUUUUACGUGCUACAAGGGUGAGUUCCCAUUCUUUUCAAAUUUAUUACUGAGCAGUUUAACUGGGAAAGAAGAGCUAUGAACUGAUUCUUUUUUUUGCAUCUCUCAAUAGAAAAUAAUGGAUACAUCAUGGUAUGGAGCGCCAAAACUUGGAGUGAUGCUAAGAGCUACUGCAGACAGUAUUACACAGAUCUGCCCUCCAUCCACAGCUCAGAGGAUAAUAACCAGAUAACUAGGGUCAUAACAUCUGGAAAUUACAUCUGGUUUGGUCUGUUCCAGGACUCUUGGGAAUGGUCUGAUAAAUGGAGCCGCUUCUUUAGAAACUGGGCAGCAGGUCAACCAUCCCAGAGUUCAGGAUCUGACUGUGUCGGCAUGUCAACAACCGAUUCUGGAAAAUGGGCUCAUGAAAGCUGUGAUCUACAGCAUCCUUUUAUCUGCCAUGGAGGUGAGUGUGAUAUGGUGAUUAAGUUCCCAAAGUUAAUAUAUAGUAUUUUUCUAAUAUUGUAAAAUAGUAUUUAAUUCGUUAUUUGUGUUUAUGAGAAGAAAAGUAUGUUUUGUGCAUUUAGUAAAUUAAUUAUUUUCAUUUGGCAUACCUGCGUCAUGACGUCAUCGCACGAUAGUUUGGUGCGCGCCUGUGAUGUGCUUCAUUCGUUGUAAAUGAAGAGACGAGAAGCCAUCACAUCAGACUUUCUCUUAAUUUUCUUUAACUUCUAUCCAGGAGUACUACAAUUUUGGAGGCACCGCUGGGAUCGAUGUUCGGUGGAGUGACUCCCUGACCGGCAGAGCCCAUCAAGUAACAUCAUCCCUCAUUAGCGAACCAGUUGAGCUACAGGGUGAGACAGUCAAGACUAGUAGUGGAAAAGAUCUGAUUGAGCAGUGCGUGCACUGGUGGUUCAGUUUGAUACCAGCGGCGGCUAAGUCAAGUCAGUAAGUGAAACACCACUCUCAACGGCCUGUCUACAUAGCAGCUAAAAUGGAUGAGCUUAAACAUCUUCAAGAGGAAAUUGGUGAGAAAUUAUGCACACUAUCACGUGAAAAGCUGAUAAAACUCAGUGUCUUCCUUCGGCUGACGCGAGAGGAUGAAACACAUGUGACUCGUUUGUCCCUGUUAAACCUCAUUAGUAACUAUUUACUGAGAGCUGAGCUAGAGGAGUUCGAAGAUGGCGGUAUGGCCGAACUGUUAACAAUUAAUGAUAAACUGAGCCAGCUCACGGGAGUCACAAUUAAUGCUCCUGAAAAAGAUACAGAGAGGGAGGAAAGUAAACUUGGGGACGUUAACAAAGCCCAGAGAACAAUACACUUAAGUGGAGAGAGUACAGCUGAAUUGUUUUCUGCCAUGCACAUUAGCCCCACCCCAUCACAAAAUGCAGCCCAGAACCCAGUUCAUUCUUCACCCACUUUUCAGAGACAAGUCACCUCAACAUGGCAGAAAGACUUCAAAAUUUCUGGUCUAAUAGGAGAUCUAGGGCAGAAGGACCGGCUCUCAUUCUCCAGUCUGGCACGGCAGAUAGAAGGUGGUCUCAAAAAGGGCUAUGCAGAACAGGAAAUAGUAGAUUCUGUCAUCAGGGCUAUCACACCAGGGCUUCAGCUGCGGAGCUAUCUUGAGGGGAAGGCAGGGCUGACGCUCCCGAUGCUAAGGCGGAUACUUCGUUCUCAUUAUCAGGAGAAAAAUGCGACUGAAUUGUAUAAGCAGCUCACUACAGAAGCUCAGCGCACUAGAGAAACGCCACAAAGCUUCCUAAUUCGAGCCCUUGAUCUGAGACAGAAAAUUCUGUUUGCUUCUCAGGAGGAUGACUCAGGGUUGAAAUAUGAUCCCGCCCUAGUUCAGAAUAUGUUCUUGCACACCGUCUUGACUGGAUUGCAAAACGAUCGAAUCCAAAGUGAUCUUCAACCAUACCUUUCAGAUCCCGCUGUCCCAGACGAAGUGUUGCUGGAGAAACUCAAUGUAGCUUAUUCCAAUGAAUCUGAAAGACAAAAUAAGCGAAAAUAUGAAAAAAAUGCUUUGCAGCACCGCAGUAUUAUCACCAGCAGUAUAUGGUGCCACCACAACAGCACUCCCAUCAGUUCCGCCAGCCCCGUCCCUCACGAGCCAGGCAAUGUUUCCAUUGCCAGCAGCGCAAAGCAGAAGAACCUUGCACCCAUUGUUACCACUGUGGCAGCAGCGAGCACUUCUCAGCUGGCUGUAAGAGUAAAGGUGCCAGACUUCAGCUUGGAGCUCCGUUAA